GUGGAGGAGCCGUCAAUAAAACCACGUCUUGCAUGAACUGCAAGAGGCACGUUUGCAGAUGCAGCUCCGCCUCCUCUGCAGUGUCGCUCCUGAGAGGAAGAGCAGCAAUGGAGGAGCCUGCAGUGCAGCAGGAUCAAAUAGAGGCAUCGUGGGAAGGGGGUCACGAUGGAGGGAAGGCUCACUGGAAAAAUGAAUGCUCACUUUCCUCCAUCCUUAAGCACUCUUGUCUCCUCUGCUGGUCCUCUCCCAGGGAAGCGGACGUUGUGGAAACGGAUGAGAGAGUCGUCACCAAGACAGCGGAGAUCACAGUAAGAAGACCGAAGCACCUUGCGCUGGAUCUUGAGAAUGCCGUAGCUGUGGAGAACUUGGAGCUUCAGGAGCAGCAGUCGGACCGCAAGGAGCUGGAGGAGACUCUGCUCAAGUUAGAGAAACACAAAGAAAAGCUGGUCCAGCAGAUAAAAGCCAUCCGACAGCUCUGUUAUGAAGAGAGCCAGCAGAUACUGUCUCUGCAGGCUGAGGAGGUUAAGAGGGAGAGCCAGAUUGAAGAGUAUGAGCGAGAGCUUGCCAUUGCCAGAUGGAGACUGAGGAAGCUCAAAGAGGAGGUGAAACAAGCCAAGAGGAAGAUGGAGGAGGCUGGAGAGAGGAACAGUCCCCUUCAGGACUCUAUUAGACAGUCCUACGAAGAAAUCUUGCAGGAGGAGCACACUCUCUGUUCUCUGUCAGGUGGUGCAGUCACUCCAGAGAGCCAGCUGGAUGGCUCAACAUCUCCUGCAGACACCACUGAAGAUGAACCGCUUCCUAUGAGACCAUGGGGAAGGAGCCAGUCGUUGCCUGCAUAUGCUGACCUCAUCAUGGUGGCCAAUAGCGCACCUUUCUGCAAUAAUUUAGCCGACACCAGGGAAGAAGUAGACAACAGUGGCAGCAGCUCUCCAAAGAUGGAUGAAUCAAACCUGGAAGAUGAUCCAGAGGAGGGUGACGUCAUUGGGGAACACGAAAGAGUGAAGGAACGGUCCAUUCUAAACCAACUGGACUUCUAUCAAGCUGACCCUUUUGCUCAUUGUCACGUAGGCCAUGACCUUUUUAAUGAAGACCUGUUCCCAAAAACAGAUUCAUCAGAUGCAUUUACAUCAGAUCCUUUCAAAGGCAGCGAUCCCUUUGCAGCGGACAUUUUGUUUCCAGAGUCAAACGUUGGUAGUGAUGAAGGAGCUGCAGUUGUCUGUGAUGAAGCAGACACAAGUCUGUCCUGUGCUGAAAAUAAAGCUUCAACAGGGACACAGUGUUUUGAGUCUGAGUUUCCUGAUGAAGACAGUGACAUCGAGAUCAGCUACAGUCAAGAAGAUCUGGGCGCUACCCCAGGGGCAGAUGAUAACCAUGGAUUUAAGCCGAUCCAGAGUUCAUCUGAGGAGUUGGGCCCAGAGCCCAUUCGAGGCUGGCAUUCCCAGGGUCGGUAUUCUGUUGAAUCCGAUCCCAAUGGGUACGAGCUUGACCUCGGCAUCUCCCCACCCUCUGACAUAGAGGAGCACAGUCUUGGAUCCCUAGCUGGAGAAUGUAACAAUGAUGCCACAGCAAAACCGGAAGAAGCUCACACCGUCUCUAAGCUCAGCGAUAAAGCGGUGUUGGAGCCAGACAGAAACGGCAAGAAAGGAAAAAAUGAGUCCCUUAAUGGCAAUCCUGGCGAAGCAACAGAUUGGCUGAGCAGCAUCAAAGAUGAUCCUGGAAACCCCUCAACUCCUCAAAACUCUGCAGAUUCCAACAACCUCUACAGUGAGCCUGAGUCACAGCAGGCCAAUCUGAGCUUUGAAUUGAACUAUGGACUAACAAGUCAGUCUUCCUUUGAUCCAUACGGCUUUAAACUCAGUCCAGAACAUUCUAGUCACACCCUCGUAGACCCCAAUGAAGCUGAGCUGAGCCCAGUUGGCAGUGAUCAAAAUCUGUCUUUUGAUCCUGAGAAUUAUUCCGCUCAAGAAGACCCACUGAACUUUUAUUCAUAUGAGUAUGACAUCACUUCUUCUCAGAUGGUACAAGACUCUGAUCCCUAUGGCUUUAAGCUAAGCCCCGAAGAAGAGAAUCAGGAGGCGCCAGAGCUCUGUUGCCAGGAUAACCUGGAAGUCCUGGACCUCAGUAGAUUUGACGACAAGGACGAAGAAGAACCCUUUAACUAUAGCAACCAAGAAGUACUGGAAUCUGUACCCUGUGGGAACCAAGAAAUUCUUGAUCACCGUAGCAACUAUAACCAAGGACUACUUGAUGCGUUUACAAGAAGAAGCCAAGAUGGGCUGCAAUUAUCAUCACUGAUCAACACUGACAAUGUUGAGCUAGUAAGCAAAGAAAACCAAGAGUUCCUGAAUCUCUGUAGUCCUGAAAACCAAGAAGUUGUUGAACACUGCCGCUUUAGAAGUGACAAAGAACUGCAGCAAUGUGAGAAUGAUAACCAAGAAUUGCUGGAGUCUUGUAGCCAUGCUAAUGUGGAGCUACUUGAGUUCCCUUUUCCACAGAAUCAGGAAGUGUUGGAUUUAGAUAACUAUGUCAAUCAGGAAGUCAUAGAAAAUCAGGAAGUUCUUGUUUUAGGUAGCCAGGAAAAUCAGAAUUUCAGUAACAAUGAAAAAGAGGACAUGAUAGAUUUUGAUAACCACGACAACCAGGAAUCGCUAGACUUGGUAAAAGACGAGAUUCUCUCUGAAACCAACAACAAUCAGUGCAUCCUGGAACCAGACCUUAAAGUCAGUCCCACCAAUAACAGCUCAGACAGUGAUGUAGCAUCAGAAGACCUGCUCGGAUUAGACCUCAGUAAUACCAGUGUUGCCCAGACCCUCAUGGAUGUUAGCAACAUAUCCAUCAACCAGGCUUGCAGCAUGUCUAAUGAUCCCGCCCGUCACAACUUGCUUGAGGGUGAUCUUGGGUCUGUAUUCAGGGCCGGGGGAUACAUUGGCUGUCCAGACGUAGCUGAUGAUUUAGAACCUCUGAACCACAGACAGGUUAACACUGUAGCAGAGCCAGUUCGGCCAGUCAGACCAGUAAGACCUCCUCGGCCUUCACUCCGGGCAAAGGAGAAGGCUGAGUCUCCAACUCAGGGAAUCGACCUGAAAUGAUCUAUCAAUUAUGAGCCAAGAGAUUCUUAUCACAAUGAAGAAGAAGACAAGUGAUUUCUAAAAUGAAGACGUGGCGAAGUCCUCAUGCAGUCAUUAUGGCAAUAACUGUCGCCUUACCGGGACAAUUUUUUAAUGUCCAGCGGUUAAAGGGCCCAGACUGGCUGAUUUCAUCAGAAUGAAUAAUGUUUCACAAAGCUACCCAUCUUUUUGGGAUGUGUUGGAAAUUAAUAUAACUUGUUCUGUGGUAACCUGUGGCCAAUGCUCAGGUAAAUAUGAUCUUUUUUCAGACAGUAGCUUCUGUUUGAUUUCCAAUGUGUUUUCCAAUAGUAGUUUCAUGAUAAUCAAUAGAAAUCCAAUUAUCAAGCGCCAGCAUCAUAAAAGCUUUGUUCAAUGUGUACAUUAAAAGGUUUUAUGACGGCGGUGCUUUGAUAUUAAUGUUUUAAAUAACAUUUUAACAUAUCUAACAGUGCUCCUUCUUGACAAAUAGCAGGGACAGACGGGACUGAAAUGUAAGUCACCCGUCACAAGAUGAGUCAAGUCAGUCCUUUAUUCACAAAAGCGGGAGGCCCUGUCAAGCAAACAAAUGUUCUUGUAACAUUCAUCACAAUAUUAUUAUUUUUUUGACACCCCAUCUUUAGACAUAGGUAAAGUGUCACAAAAAGGCGAAGGACAUAAAAAAAAACUUGCAGAGUUAAUGAUUUGAUGAUAUGAUUUCCUGAAAAUGUAAUGCAGUCAUAGGGGACAAAAAGUUGUUUUUUAAUGCCCAGAACCACGGUCCCGACACCCAGUUCUCCAGUGCCGGUCCGAAGCCCAGAUAAAUGAGAGGGUUGUCAGGAAGAUGCCUGUGAAUAUUCUCGUUCAUCCAGCUCAUUGUAUUCUCAGGGCAUUAAAUCAACAACAACACUGUUCAGGUUGUCUCAGAAGAUGCUUCGCCUGUCAUUAAAGCAGGCUUCAUCAGUUCAUGGUCAAGACCAGAAAGGACAGCUCUCAUCUGACUAUCAAUCAGAUCAUCAUCAAAUCAUCAAAUAAAUUAAACCAUUACCAUUACUUGUAUAUAACAACUCUAGUCAGAGAAGCCAGGAAACAAAUCAUGCGAGUUAUUUGCUGUGCUGACCCUGAAAGAUGACGACACAUGUAAGAAAGUACCUCAAAACAGCUUGAAAUAGUGACAAUGGCAAUGGCAUAGAAAUAUUGUACAGCUAAAGAUACUGUCCAUAUGCAACUCUAUAGCUAGGUUUUUGUGGUUUGGCAAAGAACGAGGCAAAAAGUAGCCGGAAGUACACUCCAUUCUUCCAUUACAGAUGCAGUGGUUCUGUCUCGUACUUCUCUACUACUAUAUCCACUGGUAGUGUAGCAACCAGUCACAGUCAUUAUACACUCAAAUGCUAAAGAAAUAUAUAUAUAUAUAUAUAUACACUUUAUAUAUAUAUUUAUAUAUAUAUAUAUAUAUAUACAGUACAUACCAUACAUAUAAAAGAUAAACAUUUCAUUCAAUAAACCGUUCAAAUGUCAUUUCACAUUGAUGUAGCCACUAUGAAUACACAAUGAAUAUAUUCAGUGCAGUAGGCUAUUUCAUUGACAGGCUGAAGAAGCACUGACAAUACUUUUGUUAACUUAAUGUUGAUGCCUACCUCAUUACUAUUACUAACUGUCAUGACUGCAUGAUAACACCAUGAAACCUGUGAUGGCGCACAUUGUGAUUUUGACACUUGUAACAUGUAAUGUCAAGUCAAAGCACAUGACAUACUAACUUUACCACCAUUACAGCAUAGUCUUGAAGUACUUUCCGCUCUUCAGUUCUAUCAUAUAUAAAGCAUUUUGUGAGAACAGACAGCACGUUAACCCGUAAAAAGACACUGGAAAUGUCCUGAAAUGGCCCCGAUACAGUUUUGUGCUUAACUUGAACUCAUUCAGUGCUCCAAUGACAAAUAUAAACUCGAUGUCAAACUGUCGUACAACUGUUAAAUCCUGGCUUCGAACUGACGAAACAACCUCCGUUUUUUAUUUGCUUGAAACUAUUGGUUUUGGUCUCAUGUCACUUGAAAGUCUCGAGUUCUACUGAUCAGGGUGAUGUAUGUGUCCAGUGUGACUUUUAAGACAUCAGGGAGUGAGGUUUACCAAUGUACUCUUGCACCGCUGUCAUCCGUUAAACUCACUUCCCGAAACCUCGCUCUCAUCUGGGUCACAGCACCAGUGUCACGCAGUUCAGCCCUGCAGCCUGAGCUCACCGAGAGCUCGAACCCGUGUCCACAGAUCUCUGGUAAAUCAUAGUUGAGCAGCUCUAGCUAAUUGAACUAAAAGCCUGAGCUGUUAACUUGUUGUCCAGCUCAACUCUUACGGCAUCAGGGAGUGAGGUUUACCAACGAGCUGAGCAUGAAAGCUUUUGGGACGAGACUCAGUACGUUCAAAUUUGAGGCCGUGGUCUCAGUCGGAAAAGGUUAGAUUGCUGCACCCUAUCGGGAGUCAGGUCUUGCCUCAAGUGGAGGAGUUCAAGAAUCUCGGGGUCUUGUUCCCGAGGAGGGAAUGACAUCGAGGAUGGUGUGUGACAUCGACAACCAAACCGGUCGCUGCACCGGACCGUUGUAAAAGAGAGAACUGAGCCAGAAGGUAAAGCUCUCUGUCUAUUGGUCCAUCUAUGUUUCUACCCUCACCUGCGGUCAGGACCUUAGUGUAGUAACCAAAAGGGCUCAAUACAAGCAGCCGAAAUGAGUUUCCUCCGUAGGGUGGCUGAGAAGCUUGGUCAUCCAGGAGCUGUUGCUCCUUUGCAUCGAUAGGAGACAGUUGAGGUGGCUCGGGAAUCUAGUAUUUCCUGGACGCCUACCUGGUAAGGUGUUCCAGGCAUGCCCAACUGGAAGGAGCCUAGAACACACUGGAGAGGGAUUAUGUCUCGUUGCUGGUGAAGCUGAAGGGGGUGGUCAGAGGCCGGGAAGUUUGGUCCUUCCUACUUAGACUGCUGCUCCCACGACCCAGAGCUGAAUGAAGGGAAGAAAAUGGAUGGAUGGAAUGAAAUUACCUGUAUUUUACCAAAUGUUUUCAUCACCCGUCAAUUAGGUGAUAUGUCCAAUUCGUAAACCUGUGACAUUGUUCACUGAUGAUGUGUCCUGGCUGGGAGAUGAAUGGGAGAUGUGCUGCACCAGUUAAUGCUCACUCGUUGGUUGUUCUUGAGAUUAUUUACUUUCAAUUAAUCUUCAAUGUAACCCAGCUCAACACUUAUUUUUCUUCCAAUUCCUGCUGUCAUGAUUCAUGGUUUAACGAUCAAAGAAAGAAGUGACUUCAGCGGAGAGGCUGUCCAGAAGCGUGACACUGCAGACGAAUGUGCUUCUGUGUGUUCUAUCUUGAGUUGAGUGAAAUGUUAUUGGAGACAGCUGGUGUACAAUAUGUUGCCGUGGUGUAUUCGUGUGAUGUUUUAUGUGUUGCAAUGUAAACGUGAUGUCUGUGUUGGAAAUACAAUCUAUUC